AUAAGGCAUUCUGGCUUCCUCCGGACAUAGAUCGCUCUCUCGCUCUCUCUGAAGCCAUGCUUUUCCCAACACUGGCCUUCAUUAUCUGUGGGUUGCUAACUCAGGUGACCAAAGCUGCCUGGAGGAGAAUGCCACCAAAAUGCUGGAAGGAUAAUUUAGGGCGCUGCCGAGUCCGAUGUCGAGGUGACGAACGGUACAUAUAUCUGUGUAGGAACAAAGCAAACUGCUGCAUUCUCCUAACACUAGCGGAAGACCAAAGUGCACACCCAAAACCUACCUCGGUCCACCCAGAGAACGUGACAUGGAAGAACACUUCCAUUUCACCAACGACCAGAUAUAUUGAUGACAUAACUUUGGAUAAAACAUCCAUAGGAACGCCUACCAAUGUUGCUGGCAUUGGCAAGGCACUCAACCUUACAGUCAUCACACCCACCCAUCCCUAGGCCACUGGACCAUUCACUCUGAUGUCUAACACUACUUAAAUAAUUUGUCUUCUUUCGUUUCGGGAAUAUAAACACCUCCCAGAGUAAGAACAAGAAGCCAAUGCAACCAAUCUGGGCUUGUGUCAGAAAUUGUAUAGCCAUGGGUAUAGACUUAUGUGCUAGAGUCAGGACAGGAGCCAAAUGACUUUUAGAUAUGAGAAUUUUCUUUCUCAGGCUUACAUUCCUUACCUAGGUCCCUUUGACUUAUUAAAAUAUACAGGCUAGGUUCAGUUUCA